AUGCAUUUGAAAUCACUCCUUCUGGCCCUUGUGGCAGGCACCGGAGCAUUUCCAACAAAAGACCACAAGAAGGUGGCUCGAGCCAACGACACGAGCACGGAUAGGCUGGUGUUUUGUCAUUUCAUGAUUGGCAUAUCGAGCAACCGCCAGAGCUCUGCCGACUACGACGAUGACAUGAUCCGGGCGAAGGAAUUGGGGAUUGAUGCGUUCGCUUUGAACAUUGGCGUCGAUCCGUACACCGAUACCCAGCUGCAAUACGCCUAUAAGUCUGCCGCAGAUAACGAUAUGAAAGUAUUCAUCUCGUUUGAUUUCAACUGGUACCAUGUUGAUCAAGCAGCUGCUGUGGGCCAGAAGAUUGCGCAAUACGCUGGCGAAUCCGCGCAACUUAUUGUCGAUGGCAAAGUCUUUGUCUCCUCCUUUGCAGGAGAUGGGAUCGACGUAGCAAGAAUUGAGUCCAGCGCUGGUACUGACAUCUUCUGGGCGCCCAAUUACCACCCCGGUCAGGGUAACUUUGACGAUGUCGAUAGCGCGCUGAACUGGAUGGGCUGGGAUAACGAUGGCAACAACAAGGCGCCCAAGCCGCAUGCGAGCGUGACAGUCGCUGGUGGCGAUCAAGCUUAUAUUGAUGCAUUGGGUGACAAACCCUACCUUGCUCCUGCGUCAGGUUGGUUCUUCACUCAUUUCGGCGGUGAGGUUCCGUACAGCAAGAACUGGGUGUUCCCUGGUGACUUGCUCUGGUACAAUCGCUGGAGAGAAAUCUUGGAGCUUGGUCCCCGAUUUGUAGAAAUUGUCACCUGGAAUGAUUAUGGUGAGUCGCACUAUAUCGGGCCUUUGUCUUCACCACAUACCGACGAUGGAGCAUCCAAGUGGGUGAUGGAUAUGCCACAUGGUGGUUGGCUCGAGAUGUCACGGCCAUUCAUCGCCGCCUAUAAGGCCGGCGAGACCUCACCCGACCAGCAUAUCGGCGAUGAGAAACUGAUUUACUGGUACCGACCUACGCCGAGAGACGUUGAGUGUGACUCGACCGACACCACGAUGGGAGGGAGCCCAGAUAACUCGACUGGAAACUUCUUCCGUGGUCGCCCUGACGGAUGGGAAACUAUGCAGGACGAAGUCUUCGUAGUUUCCCUCCUCACUUCACCCGGUACGAUCCAGGUUACUUCCGGCAGCGUGGAACAAAGUUUCGAGGCAUCCGCAGGAGCUAGCGCAUUUGCCGUUGAGAUGGGUGUCGGACAACAGAAAUUUUCGCUUGUCCGUGACGGCCAGACAGUCAUGUCGGAGACGAGCCUGAAGGACAUUGUGGAAGAAUGCAUUUGCGGCCUCUACAACUUCAAUGCGUACGUCGGAGUUGUGCCGGCGGAAGAGACUAUCGACCAACUGGAUUCGAUUGGCCUCGCAAUGUUGACGCAAGGAUUGAACGCUCCCUGCCCGACCAACACCUUGGGAGCAAGUGCUUCUCGUGCUACUACUGCCUAG